AGCAAUGAGGUCGUGAAAUAAUUUUUUUUAGAUAAUGAUUCAUCUGUUUAUGACAAAGCCUUCUCAAGUUUUUUGUCUCAUACCAUACGCCCACAUAUUAACUGAUAGCUGUAAUCAUUGAUCAAUGGAUAAAGUUUGAAUGCAUCUUGUGUGAGUCACAAGAUCCAUGAAUAGACUUAUUAUGCUAUCUUGUGACAUGGCAACACUCCCCAAUUUUCGAAAAACUCUUCCUAGCUGCAGGACAAUAACAUGGCUCUGGUUUUUGUCAAUUUUCUUUCUCUGUUGCUCCUACUCUUGGGAGGCUCAAGGGCCCAAGGAGAUAAAAAAAAUGUGCUCUUCAUAGCAGUAGAUGACCUGCGGCCAGAGCUAGGCGCCUACGGGGCAGACUAUGUAUCAACUCCAAACAUCGACUCGCUGGCAUCCAAAUCAAUACUGUUUGAAAGGGCUUACUGCCAGGUUGCUGUGUGCUCGCCUUCUCGUGCAUCCUUGUUAACAGGACGCAGACCCGACACUAAUCAUGUUUGGAGGAUAUCAGACAAUGAGUAUUGGCGCACGACAAACAAUGCGACUAAUGCCACUACAAUCCCACAAUAUUUUAAAGAAAAUGGAUACAUUUCUAUUGGGAUGGGCAAGAUAUUUCAUCCAGGAGCACCUGGAGGAAAUAAUGAUGAACUCUACUCAUGGUCUCUGCCAUAUUUUGAGCCCAACAUACCCAGGACCAGGUUCAGUGAAGCACAAGGGGCAGCUUGGUAUAGCUUCAGUAAUGCACAAGAUAAUUUUUUUGAUGAUGGAAGGAUAUCUCGUAAUGCUAUAAAUCUUCUGGAGCAACUGAAGCAGAACAGGAGCAAUGGAGAUAGCAGACCUUUCUUUAUGGCGGUUGGAUUUAAGAAACCUCAUCUCCCAUUCUAUUGCCCUUCGCAAUAUUAUGAUCUUUAUCCAGAAGCUGAUGAAAUAGCAUUACCAAAUAAUCCAGACCCACCUCAAGGCAUGCCUCAAAUAGCUUGGACAGUUUGGAGGGAGAUGCGUAACUAUUAUUCAGAUACAAAUCCAGUGACAAUGGGAAGUUGUACCAGAGUAGCUGGUGUUUCACUAAACAAUGCUAACUGUCAAUUAACUGCAAAUGAAACAAGGGAAGCAAGGAGAGGCUAUUAUGCCUGUACCAGUUAUGUUGAUGCACAAGUUGGAAAAAUAAUGUCAGCAUUAGACUUGCAAGGAUUUGCCAAUGACACUAUAGUAGUUCUGUGGGGAGAUCACGGAUUUCAUUUGGGAGAACUGGGCAUGUGGUCCAAGAAUACAAACUUUGAAGAUGCUACACGUGUUCCAUUCAUCCUCCGUGUUCCUGGUGUAACUGAUAAUGGAAUGAAAACUAGUGCACUUGUUGAACUGAUUGACUUAUUCCCUUCAUUGACUGAACUAGCAGGAAUAGAUGUACCUCCAUUGUGUACUUCUAAUAGUCCAAAAUCCAUUGCUUGUGUAGAGGGUAGUAGUGUGGCCCCUUUACUGAAGAAUCCAAGCAUGGAAUGGAAGAAAGGAGCCUUUUCUCAAUAUCCAAGGCCUACGUCUGGCUUGCCUACAAUUUCAGGUCGGCCUGAAUUUGAUGAUAAUGAGAAUGGUGAGAGUGUAAUGGGGUAUUCAGUACGCGUCAAUGAUUAUAGAUUCACUGAAUGGUAUCGCUUCAAUCGUACUACAUCAACUCCUAAUUUCACUGAUAUUUGGGGUACUGAGCUCUAUAACCAUACCAAUCCCACUGUUUUCUUUGAUGAUGAGAAUAUCAACCUAGCUAGUCGUCCAAACAUGGCUGAUAAAGUACAAGAGCUAAGAGCAAUCUUACAAGCAGGUUGGAGAGGAGCAUUACCUAAUGGAACUACUGAUACCACUCCCACCCCAUCAGCUACUCCUAUACCAUCAGUAGCCCCAACAGGUGAAUCCUCAUCAGCAAGAGCUAAUUUGCCAAUUCUUUCUAUAGUUGCUUUAUUUUUGCUUAUUUUUGCUAUAAUAUUUUAACUUUUUUAAAGCUGUUAUGCUCUGCUGUAUCUGUUUGCUUUUUUAUCUGCUCACUUUGCUAUUAUUAGUUUUAUCUUUGUAUAAAUAUACUGCAACAGA